UGGAGCGCGCCGUGCUUCUGGACGCAUGCACAAGCACCGUCAUGUAUACGCCGUCUGCCAUGAGUGCACUGGACAGGACGAGCCAACGGCCGCUCGCUAACCUUGGUAGACUGACGACGAUGAGUUAAGUCACCGUGGGAGCUGGACACGAGAAAAGUGUCGACGACAAGGUUCCCUCUUCCGCGCACUUCCUACCCAACGACUACCAAUCUUAACGCCUCAAACCUUCGCAUUCUUCCGCUUCUCUGCUGCUCCCCCCCCUCAAUCUCCUCGUUGUCUUUCCCUUCCUCCUUUCGCUCUUGCUUCACCGUCGCUUGCUGGAAUUCCUAUUACAUUCCCGGUCUCCUCGCCUAACCCUAAUUCGCCUGCUCCGCUGCGCUGUCAGAGCCGCCACCAGCCGACAGUCUCUUUGUUGUCGACAAACUACGUAGCCGUUUAUGGUCUAAGCGAAGCCCUCUUCGCGUUUUCCCCCGUCACGACGAAUCGCUGUGCCAGCGAGCCUCAGCGUCGCCAUGGCUCGAAACCGGGGUAAGUGUACAUACAAUCUUCAUCCGGGUUACCGUUCCCUUGCUCCCACUUCGACCGCCAUCGCUCUACAUUCGCAGUCUGCACCGACGCGUCACAUGUGGUAUGCUCCUGAGUCAACCCGCUGUGCCAGGCCGUCUCUGCUGGAUGCACCAUCUGCGCUGUCUCUGUGUAGAACCGAGAGCCAUACUCCAACACCCUUCGCCCAGCACUCCAACACGCAGCUAGCCGCCCAGCAACACCCCGAGCCGGGCAGCAUCUGACUGACAAUUUCCUCCAUGUCCAACAGUAUCCAGUUUCUUUGAGAAGUGGUCGCACUACCCUCGCGAGUCCGGAUCUCCGCCUGCGGAGCACCGCUCGUCCUUCUCUCCAAAAUCAAGAGGAGUGCUGGUCAAGGAGAGCCGCUCGCCGCCUGGCGACUUGUCUGCGCCCCCGUCGACGACCACCACAGCCGACGCUGCUCCGGUAAACACCGAGUCACCCAAUCCUCCUGGAACACAAGCAAACACGUCCGGCAGCCGCAGCUCGUCGCGUCCCUCGUCCAUGGUGCACACCUAUCAGCCUCCGCUCAUGGAAGUCGCAAACGACACGCCGCCCGAGCUGCAGCCCAUCUUUACCUUCCUGAACAGUCAUUCCAAUAAGCUGUAUCAAGAGGGCUACUUUUUGAAACUGCAUGACCUGGACACCAAAGGCAGGCCAAGCAAGGACAGAAAGUGGCAGGAAUGCUUUGCGCAACUUGUCGGAACAGUUCUUUCCCUCUGGGACGCCGCUGAGCUAGACGCCGCAGGCGAAGACGGCGAGGUUGUUCCAACCUUCAUCAACCUGGCCGACGCGUCGAUUAAGAUGAUACACUCCUUGCCUAUGAACGAAGGCGACGGGUCACAACUUCAGAACGUGCUAAGCAUAUCGACCGCGGCCAGCAAUCGUUACUUGUUACACUUCAACUCGUACAACUCGCUGACCCAAUGGACUUCGGGAAUUCGCUUGGCCAUGUACGAAUACGCCACGCUGCAGGAAGCUUACACUGGCUCGCUUGUGGCGGGAAAGGGCAAGACGUUGAACAACAUUCGUCAAAUCCUGGAGCGUAAUCGCUUUAAAUACGAGGACUGGGCAAGAGUCAGGUUUGGGGCCGGAACACCUUGGAGGCGGUGUUGGUUCGUGAUCACCCCCCCCGACGAGAAGGAGUGGGAGAAGGCUCAAAAGAUGGCCAAGAAGAACAAGUAUGCGAAACCGCCUGUGCUAAAGGGCGACAUCAAGUUCUACGAGACAAGAAAGGUUACCAAGAGAACGCGGCCGAUCGCCACGAUCACAAAUGCGUACUCUGCCUACGCAAUUUAUCCGCAGUCAAAGCCACUGAUUGAUCAGUCGACGCUCGUCAAAAUCGAGGGUAAGAUUACGGUGCACUCGAUGCCUGAGUCUGUGACUGAAGGAUUUGUCUUCGUCAUGCCCGAGGUCCACCCAGCCAUCUCUGGCUUCGAGAUGAUGCUUCGUUUCUUGUUUCCCGUGUGGGACACCUUUGCGCUUUAUGGCCGGCCUCAUAGGCUGAUAGCGGACGUACUGGAUCAGCGAGGCCUCAUGUUCGCAAUGCCCAGAGAUCGGCGGUAUGGUUACCUGGACAUCCUUGAUGUGGCGGCACAGAUCAACACGGAGGGAAGCUCAACGUGGACUGAGCGGCAAUGGCGCCUUAAGCUUAAGGAGCUCACAUCAAAACGUAUGCUGGCCAUGGCAGAUGAACCGCGUCGCAAAGUGCAAAGCAGGACUAGCAUGCCUGGUGUUCGCAGCAACACUUUGCGCUUUGAGGAUUCGGGAAGAAACCCACCUGCUGGGCACAACCCACCUCGUCGCGCCGAGUCUGCGAUGGCAGGUACGAUCCAACGCGAGGACAGCGGUCACCGUAGGGCAGCAUCUGAAGCAAAUGGUCUUAACCCGUAUCAGCGAGACGGCUCUGUGCGACUCAAUCAAUCUACGUCAGCCAUUCAUGAGCAGGAUGACGAACCGCCUGCACCUCCACCACAUUCUACCUUUACGUCUUCGGAAAGUGUCGCACAGCUUGCCAAUGUCAGCAGUGGGACCCCAUCGCCUGACCAGGACAUUCCUGUAGAAGUCAAAGCAAUGGCUACGCGCUCUCCUCCUCCAGCACCAGUCGACCCGCCAAACUUUACUCACGCCCCGAGCGAGCGACCCCGAAAUCGUCCAAAUCAAGCCCCUGAGAUUCGCCGCGGAGUUUCCGAUCUUGAUGCAGAAACUCGAGCGCAGAUGGCCGAAGCGACGGGAAGCAAUGCGCAGGUGCCUCAAUCAGCUCCUCCUCCAUAUGAUCCAAACGGGGCCGCUUCUGUGCAUGGACAAGCGCCUUACAGCAUGCAGAGCAGCUCUAGAGGAACCAGUCCAGAUUCGAGAGGCGCAGCAAACUACAGGAGGAAUGGGCCCAAUGUCCCGCAACUUGCUACAAUUCCCGCAUCGCCGUAUGUUGAGCAGGAGUCCCCAAUUUUGGACCGCGCCGGUCAAGUUCUACCUCCCCCGACUGUGUCAGAACUUGCGCCGAGCGUAGUGAGUAACCUUUCUACUGCCACCACCACUACCACCACCACUACUACUACUAGUAGGGCAACUACCACGACUACGGCAAACAACAACUUGGCAGCAACUGCGGCCAUGGCAGCUCUCUCAGCAACACCCCCCUACACCAAAUCUCCGUCCCCUACACUUGCCAACAAUCCUGUUGAGCAAGCUUACAACUUGUACAAGACGAGUUCUAAUUCGAGCAAUUCAAGUCUCCAAAAGGUUGCAACCAGCGGAAGCACAAAAUCGGGCGCAGCUGUCCUCGAGCACAAAUUCAGUGUCCAACGCAAGCCGGUUGGCACUCGUGCAUCUGGACAAAAUCAAUUGGCCGCGGUAACCGGCGUCAAUCCCCUUGCCAACCCUCAGUGGAAUCCACAGCGAUAUUCGUAUCAGUCCCCUGAACCAGUUUACGGUCAGAUGAGCCCGUAUGGUCAACAAGAGGGAUAUGUACCGUCCGCUCCUACACAAGUACAUGGGCAGCUUCAGGCCACGGGCCCACCAAUGCAGUCUAAUGUCUAUCAUUUACCGUACAGUCAAUCUUCAUCAGAACAUAAUAGCAGCCCGCCGCAACAACCCCCUCCUCCCUCUUCGUACGGUCAAAUGGCCUAUCGUCCCACAGCUCAAACCAAUUCAACUUCGCAGCCGAAUGGAAGAAGUUGGACGUGAUCCUUGACAUAAUCUUCUUUCCUUCCACUUGAAUUUCCACUCGAAGCAUCUUUUACGUCUCCAAACAUGUUUGCAGGAACAGCAUCUUAUACGGCUUUCUUUGCGUCGACAGUUCGCAGUCACAUAUUUCUUCUGGCAAUGUAUGCGCUUUCUGCUCUGAGAAUGAUUUAAAAAAAUGAGGCUUUAUGAGAUUUUGCUGCAUGGCAUGGCGUGUUUUCUUUUUUUUUUUUUUUUCUUAGGUUCUUUGGACUUUAUAUUUUGGGCUCAGAAUAGAGCAGCGCGCAAUGCGUGGAUUUUGGUUACCCCCUUUUGCAUUCGCAUGAUAAGUUUUGCAUAUGUCACGAUUGGGAUUUGGGUCCUGAUACCGAAAAAUGAAACCUGAGUUCGAUGAAAUA